CGCAGACUAGCUGAGCUGAGCUAGCUGAGAUAGCAAAAGCGAAAAAAAAAAGGCUGAGAACGUACAGUACAGUAGUUACGUGACAUCUCAGCUCAAGGAAAUCUCAUUUGUAUGUGUAUUCUUCUCAUUUGGAAAAUCAAACCGUGGAACGUUCUGAGGCAACAGAGGGAGUGACAUCUUUUUCUGACUGUGUACUUGGAUCAGGAACCCUUGGGAUCAACGGAUCAAAGGUUACCCCUGUAUUUGCAAAGAGGCCACGUCCCUAAAGAUGGAACAGGAACAGGUCACGGUUUUGAAGCUAUCCGUCGAUGAGACGAAAGGCCUGAAAGAGGGUAUCAACCUCAUCAAUCGCUCCGAGAACGAGAAGUACGUCAUCUACAGGGAACCAGGUAGCGACGAGUUCAAGGCUUGCCGUAACAAGUGUAAACAUCAGGGUGGGACCUUCAUCAAGGACAUCGAGGACACGGCGGGAUGUGUGAUAAAGUGCACAAAACAUGGUUGGAAGCUGGAUGCGAAAACGAUGCGUUACACCAAUCCACCUGACAGCUUCAGACAAGAACAGUUAGUAUCUGAGGUAGAUGAUGAAGGGAGCAUGUCGUUGAUUGAACUCAAGCCCCCACAGCCGUGGGAGACAGACGCCAGAGAGAAAGUGCCCUUGGAGGUCGGAGAAGUCAAGAUAACCUACUUGACCCACGCAUGCAUGGAGCUGAACCUUGGGGGCACCGUCAUGUUCACAGACCCCUGGCUGACCGGCCCAGCGUUUGCCAGGGGAUGGUGGCUGAUGCACGAACCGCCCGCUGACUGGCUGGAUCGAUUGGCCAAAGCAGACUUUAUCUACAUCAGCCAUGUACAUUCAGAUCAUUUAAGCUACCCAACUCUGGAGCUCUUAUCGGCAAGGAACCCAAACAUUCCUAUCUACGUAGGCGAUACAUCCAUGCCUGUUUUCUGUAAACUCAAGCAGAGUGGAGUCAAACUCAACAACAUCAACGUUCUCAAGUUUGGCAAGUGGCACGAGAUCAACAAGGAUACUCGUUUCAUGAUCAUGAUGGACGGCGUUCAUCCCGAUAUGGAUACCUGCAUCCUGAUAGACUACAAAGGCCAUCUCAUCCUGAACACAGUGGACUGUACCAAUCCUAACGGGGGUCGCUUACCCAUUGAUGUUGACAUCAUGCUAAGUGACUUUGCCGGGGGUGCGUCGGGCUUCCCGAUGAACUUCUUUGGUGGGAAGUACACAGAGGAGUGGAAGGGACAGUUUAUCAAGCGAGAACGUAACAAGCUACUGUACUACAAGACCCAGGUUGUCAGGGAUGUUAACCCGACUGUCUUCUGCCCCUUCGCUGGCUACUUUGUUGAAGCACAUCCAUCAGACGGAUACAUCCGAGAGACGAACACCAAGAACGAUGCGGCCUCUCUCAAUGCUCUGAUCAACAAGUAUUCCCCGGAGAUCAAGACUUGGACCCCGAGACCUGGAGCCACGCUCGAUUUACAGAAAGCUAUCCAGGGAGACAGUAAUUACAUACAAGAGUCGCCACCAGGCACAAAAGUCUUCAAGGAUAGCUGGGACUUUGAGAAGUACCUCAACGGGGUGAACGAGUCUAUUGAGCAUGAGAUCUUCGCGUAUCCUGAGUGGAUCAAGGUCUACUACAAGUGGGCUAAAUUCCACAGCUAUAACUUGGUCGUGAGGAUGAUAGAGACGGAUGAUGACUUCAAGGAUAUAGACGGAGGCUAUAACUUCUUGAUUGAUUUCAGUGGUCUAGAAGCCACGUUCCCUACUGAGAGACCAAGCAGAGAGCAUAAUUACCUUGAGAUCAAGAAUAGAAUCGGAGUUCACAGACAGACAGUGUUGAAGGGGCUCUUCUGGGACGACCUGUACAUUGGAUUCAACAACCAAAUCUCAAGGACUCCCGACACAUUCCAUUACCUGUUCUGGAACCACAUGCAGAUCUUGCUCCCGUUCGAGCCCCCUAAUUGGGACGAGUUUCUGGACGAAAUGAAGGCGAAGAACAGUCCGAAGAAAGAUGUCUGGAAACCGUCUCAUGCACAGAUAACAAAUGGCAAGCACACUGUAUAUGCUGGUGGAGACAAUGGACUCAAGAAUGGAGGUCCCGGCGCCGCCAAGCCCAAGGGAGGUAACAAAGGGGACCUCAUGAAAUGGCUGGUCCCCAUCGGCAUAGCAGCCCUAGCUGCCGGCAUUAUGAUCUGGAGAAUGAAGUAGAGGAGAGGGAGCAGCGAAAUGACACAGCUCUGCUGUUGAUCGAAUCUGCCCAGUGCAUUUGAAACUAAUAACAAUAAUAAUAAUAAAAAUGGUGCUUAUAAAUCGCCUACCACCGAAAUCUCUAAGAGCUAUAACAAAAAAAAUACAUUGAUAAACAAUCACAUAUUAAACAAAACAAAAAAUUACAUAUAAACCUGCAAAUUACAAUACAUCUGAAAUAUACAUCAAUGUGAACAGAGUAAGUUAAUCAUCAAAAACUGUGACACGUAGCUUUAUAUAUUAUUAUUAUUAGUCCAUCCAGCUUUGCAAGCUUAGGCAGCUGAGAUGUAACAUAAUGAAACAUCUAUGGAAAGGAUACAUUGUGUAUAAACAUGUCCAUAUAAAGCAGCUUUGGGAUAUAUAGGGUUUAUGUAUAUUUAGAGUAGAGACGGGUUCUCCAGAAAGAUAUUUAUCUCUAUGUCUCUCCUUUUUAUUCUUUCUCUCUCUGAAAAAAAACAAGUCAGUUUUCUACAAACCCUGAAUCUGAUUUCAUUUUCAAUACCAGGGUUUUCCGAUGUUAUCACAACAAUAACUUGCAUCAUAAUUACAUCUACAUCAAUAACGCAGAUCAAGAAAUUUGUUCUUACUUGAUCAAAGUAGCAGUUCACGUAAGUCUCCAAUAUCUAUUCAUGUUGCUCAGAUUAUAUAUAUUUUUUACAGCAUUAUAUAAAUUAAUUCUUGCAAUCAUAUCAUGUAAUUGAGAUCAAUUGUGCUAAAUCAUGUUUAUGCAAAUUCCGUUUAAUGUUGAGCCAACAAAUAUUUGUGAUAGUCUUCUGAAAAAUUUGAACAAUGAAGGAUACAGUGCAUUUGAAAUCUGGGGCCCGUUUCACAAAGCCUUUUGUCAAUGACAAAUGACAAAAAUCAGUGACAAAUCUACUGAUAACCAAUCAGAAGCAAGGAUUUCAGUAGCUUAUAACAAAAACUGUCAUUUGUCACUGAUGACAAGUUUUGUGAAACGCCCCCCUGAUGAGAGCGAGAUGGCCAGAAGGGCGUGUUUACUUUUGCAAUUAGUUUAUUGCCCUUCUGGCUUUGAGCAAAUGAUUUUUUUGUAUAAUAUAUGCAAGAUCAAACAAUUAAAGUCUACCAAUCAUCCAAGAAAUAAAUGAUUUGUUAGAAUGUAUAGAACAAACCUCAAUCAAACUUCACCUGGCAUCCUGUAGGUGGACGGUAAAGGAUUUUGUAUGAAAAACAAUACAGGAUACCAUAAAAUGGCGUGUACGGUCCGACCUGGGUCCGACCUGGGUCCGACCUGGGUUCUGUGCGUUCCUUCUUCAAUGCAAGCACAUACCAGAGCUGCCAACUACUCCGUUUUUUCCUUCAAAUACGGUAGUACAUUUUUUUUGAUAAUUAAAAAAAAAUCUUUUGUUUUUGAGGAAUGAACAUUUCUGCAUUGGAAGUUUGUCGUGCAUAGUUGUAAGUUUCGUUUUAAUAAAUUGCUUUUUUUUGCUUGAAAUUCUUUUUUUGGGGUCGUACAAGGUUGGCAGCUCUGACAUACCCAUUGGGUCAACUAGUCCACUCAACAAGUUGAUUUACUGUUCACUAAGCGUAUAUUUGUACAUAAAUGUCCAUUUGUAGAAGUCAACAUUGAAGUUAUAUUAGUAUAUGGACAUGGAACCUUUAUAUUAAGAGCAAGCACAUACAAGGUGGUCAAUUAGUCUGCUGAACAAGUGUUUCAAUGAAUAUUUCUAGAAGAACACAUUUAUAUUAAUAGGCUUAAGGAUGUAUAAGGAUGUAUAACAAGUUUUGGUGAUUGGUAAACUAUAAAUGUAUAUGAUGAGCGCUAGAAAGGCAUUAUUUCUAUGUUUAAGUGCUGUAACAUGUAAUCAACAGCAUUCUAGCUCUCGGCAGGUGAAAGGUCAAUUUAAUGUAGCCAGUUACUAUAACAACAGAUGGAUAACUUUGACAAUCUCCAUUUUUUUGAACAAUCAUGUGAUUAUCAUAUUAAUGAUAGAUUUAUGAAGUAUUGUAUUAUCUUUUCAAUGCAGAUUGAAGCCUGAUCAUGUGAUUAUCCUAUUAAUGAUGGAUUUAUGAAUUAUUGUAUUAAUCAUUUCAAUGCAGAUUGAAGCCUGAUCAUGUGAUUAUCCUAUUAAUGAUGGAUUUAUGAAUUAUUGUAUUAUCUCUUCAAUGCAGAUUGAAGCCUGAUCAUGUGAUUAUCCUUAGCUAUCAAUGAUGGAUUUAUGAAUUAUUGUAUUAUCUCUUCAAUGCAGAUUGAAGCCUGAUCAUGUGAUUAUCCUAUUAAUGAUGGAUUUAUGAAUUAUUGUAUUAAUCAUGUCAAUGCAGAUUGAAGCCUGAUCAUGUGAUUAUCCUAUCAAUGAUGGAUUUAUGAAUUAUUGUAUUAUCUCUUCAAUGCAGAUUGAAGCCUGAUCAUGUGAUUAUCCUAUCAAUGAUGGAUUUAUGAAUUAUUGUAUUAAUCAUUUCAAUGCAGAUUGAAGCCUGAUCAUGUGAUUAUAUUAAUGAUAGAUUUUAUAAAUUAUUGGUAUAAUCAUGUCAAUGCAGAUUGAAAAACUUGUCGGUAUAUUGGUGAAUGUAUGAUUAUGUUUCUAAACACAUAUUAGAUAAUUGGAUUUUGACAAUAUUUUUAGUAACGAUUGAUCAUGUUUUUGAGCUGUGAAUGAUUCCUUUUACAAAUAUACUUGAUCAGGUAUUGUAAUAAGACAUUAAAUCUGUGCACAGUGUAAAAACAGAAAUGUUUGCAACCUGAAACUUUGGUGAUUUGUAAACAACAGAGAUUGAACAACAAGAAGCUUUCCAAAAUCAUCACAAAAUUGGUUCAGUUGUCAUUUGAGAUUCAAUUACUAGCAUCUUGCAGCACGAAACUUUCGUUGAUCAUAACCAUCAUUGAUAUCUGCGAGUGGGUACGCGUGUAUUAACUCACCAAGACUACUCAACAACGGUUUAUUGUUUACUGAGAACAUAUUAAAAUUGCAGUAUCCCUUUGUAGGAGUAAUUUUUGAAGCUCAUUCAUACUUUGAGUACUAGCAAGUCUUCAAAUGUGUUAUCAUUUAGCACCGUAUACGGUGGGCGUAUCUCAUUUACUUCCAUCAAUAUUAGGUGCAAGGAAGAAAGCGAAAAAGGCUUCAAGUCACACGUCUUCAUAUCCUUCUUAUGUAUAUAUACAUGUACUUCUACUUCUAUUCUGCUACUUUUCAAAGCCUUUUCAGCAUCUAGACAUGGACAUCUUCUUUUUUUUUGUUCCAUUACAAUGAAGGUGCAAGAACUACCAGGUGCACAUGUUAUGUAGUGUUCAUGAAAGUGCUCUUACAUGUACUAUGUGAUUGUAUGUUUGUUCCGCCCGCAUUAUUUGUACUCUAUUAUGUACUCAGAUAUCCGUUUACAUCGAGAUGUUUAGCCUGCCGUUAUAUUGUAUUCCAAGUAAACAUACUGUAAAGUUUGCAAUUUUGUUAAGAAGUUGAUUUUUUGGCAUUGACUCUGAAGUUGAUCAUUGAUGGUGUAGGUUUCUUCUUUUUUUUAAAAUGUUAGCCUAGAUGUGUGUGUGUGUGUGGGUGUGUAUGUGCAAUGUGUUUUAGUUUAUGUCCUUCUGAUAAGGAAUUCAUUUAAAAUAGAAAUCAGCAACACGUACCAUUCUUCCAUCCAUUUGAUUUUGUGUUUUGUUUUUUUAGUUACCGUAAGCUGCAGGCAUUCAUUCCAUUUUUAACUGCAUUUUAUUGUUUUCUCUGAUGUAUAAAGUAAGAGUUGUUAUUUAUUUUCAUUGUGAAAAUCAACCAGGAAAUCUGUGUUGGAUCAAAAAUGAAGAUAAGAAUAAUGAUAUUCAUAUCUGUAUAUCGCUUAGUUCUAAAUUUCAAAGCACUUUACAUAGUACUUUGUGUAAUUGUUAUGUGCACACACAGACACACGUUCAUCGGUAAUUCAACUAAUUCUUGUGUCAACUAAUUCUGGUGUCUGCAAAUUGCAAUGAAGUGCACAUGGAUACUGACUUUAAUACCAUGUGGCUUUUGAUAGUCACAUGUUCAAUUAUAAUUUACCAUAAGGUUCAUUGAACGAUCUAGGGGAAAUGGAUGGUAUUUGAUUCCACUUAUAUUAACCAGUUGACUUCCGAAUUGUUUGAUUGCCAUAGGCUUAAUACUGGAGCCAGCCGGUAUCGAGAAUCGAUGGGUUGAUGAUGUGAAUUGUGAAAGUCUGUAUGAAAAUCAGAGUGUUGCGAUUGUAAGAGGAUAGCAAAUUGAUUUCUUCCUUGGAGAAACAUACCAGCUAAUGUUACCACAGGUGCGUAUGGAACAGAUGGUCUCAAACAGGCACUCAACCUUGAUCGAUACUCAGAUUGUGGUUUGGUAUCCAAUUACAAUGCAAUAGGCUAUUUUGGUAUUGUAAUCAAAUUGAAUGCAUACAUCUUUGUAAAGUGCCUCGUUACAAUUCAUCUCUUACGAAGAGUAAAUUUACUUCAAUAGUCAGAAUGCAGAUUGCAUACAUGUACAUAAGCUGUUGCUAUUUAGGGCAGACAUGGCUAGAACGAAAAAUAUGGUAAACCAAAAUUAUGUGACAAAUUCAGACAAAUUAAUUUCUUUUCUUUUUUUGAUGUUGACUGAAAUUUUAUAUUUCUAAUUAAACGACAUAAUCUGCAGAAAUAUUUAUUGAUUCGCAACUAAAAUGCAUCUUUUUCUAUUACACAAUUAUGUUGUCACAUAAGUUGCUGUGUCCUAUUUAUUAUAUCAAAUCGCUGAUGAAUAUAAAAUCUGAAUAAAUUCAAUUCUUGUUUUGGAUCUGAAAAUGUUACGUGUAGUACCAAAAAUAAAGUAAUCCAAAGUCAUGCUGCUUAUAUAAGUUAGACAUUAAUUUCUUUUUUGUUUAAAAUGUUGACUGAAAUUUUAUCUUUCUAUGUACAUGACAUAAUCUGUAGUGAUAUUUAUUGAGUCAGGACUGAAACUCGCCUUUUUCUAUAACCUAAUCAUGUUGUCCCAUCAUUUGCCGUGUCAUAUUUCAUACAUACUGUAUGUGUAGAUCAAAAUCACUGAUGAAUACAAAAUCUGAAUAAAAUCAGUUCUUCUGAA